AUGCCUAUUCUUGUUAUUGCUCAAGAUAUGUCUGUCAGAAUACAUUUAUUUUCAACCAUGUUUUUAAAUUGGUUCAAGACAUUGAUUGUGUUUGUGAUUGGUUUUAUCUUGAAUUUGAAACAUUUAAUUACCACUGGUGGAUACAAACAAUUAUUUACAAAGAAGAAUAUUUCCGACAAUUUGACCAGUUUGUCCAAUUGGAUUCAAUCCUUACAGAAUACUAAUCCUGAAGCACAUUGGUUGCUGGGAAAUAUUCAACAAUUUGUUUCGUUUUUCAUUUCUCCCCUCUCCUUGAGUUCAUCAAGAAAUUACUCCCUCUCCUUCCAACAACAUCAACAAUUGAAGACACAUUUCCUAUUUUGCAUUAUCAUUUUAACAUUUUCAAUUUUGGAAAUUUUCAUUGGUAUGAUUCAGUAUGGCAGUACACAUAAUCACGAAUCUGCCAAAUCUAACAAUGAAGAACAAGAGAAUAUUGUACAAAGCUUUAGAAAUCACGGAUUCAUGGUCAGCUUGUUAAUAUUAUUUUCUGGAUUUUAUCUCCUCCACAGAGGAUUUAUGUUUUUGAUCGAUUUAAUUGUAAUUUACAUCAAGACUACACACGAAGAGAAUACAUUACAGGGGUCGAGCAGUAGUGUCAUUAACAAGUCGAGCCAAUUCAAGACAAACUCUGUUCCCAAUAAUAAUAAUAAUAGCAACACCUUUGACUCUCCUCUCGGAUCAACAACAUCAUCACUAAAUAAUACAUCGUCAUUUGGGGAUAAUUCCACACUGGAAGAGGAGGGUUCAAUCAAGAGAUUACUCUUCCAACCCUAUACUUAUUCUUUGUGGAAACGUUUGAGAGUAUUGUUACGUUUUGCCAAUGCUGUAUUUUCUUCCUUCCUCUCAUUGAGUAUCUUUUCUGAAAUGAUUCAAUAUGUACUCACCUCUAAAUUCUCUUCCCAAGCUCAUGAGGAAGAGAAUGGCGUUGGUUUGCACAUUCCUUCAUCAGCUAGGGCUUCUAAUGAUCAUUCAACAACUAUUGACACACUAUUGGAUCAGUACAGAGUUGGUAUUUUCACAUAUCUUCUCGUAUUAUUUGGAUUAUUUAUUAAUGGAUUAUCAAUUUACUUGUUUGGAAAUUAUUCAGGAAGUUCCUCCUAUCAGGCAAAGAAGAAUGAAGAAGACUUUUUAUUGCUCUCUUCUGCCGAGAAGCGAAAGAAUCCAUCUUCUAAUUCCUCUCGAGGAAGUGUUCCUUUGAAUAGAAUGAAUAGCUCACCAAUGUGGUACCAACAAUUUUCCUCCUUCAACUCGGUUUUUAACACCUCCCAAACAACAACUAUUGGAAGAUACUACAAUACUAUUCACAAUUAUAUCAGAGAAAAGAUUCCAUCUGCCAAGUUUUGGAUCUAUAUCAUUAUGAGAGAGGCUCACAUUCACGUUGCUCUCUUUAUUUAUUUGAAAGCUGUUUACUAUUCAAGUGCUGGUAUUGGAUUUGAUUUUGUUCUAUGUUGUAUGAGUACAAUGACAUGCGUAUUCUUCUCUCUUCCUGUGUUGAAGGCCAAUGGAAAAAUUCUAUUGCAGACAACUCCUGAAAAUUUAUCUAAUCAUUUGAACUCGUGUGUAAAGGAAGUUUCAUCCAUGGUUGAAGGAGUAUUGGAAUGUCAUAGUGAACAUUUUUGGGCUCUCAAUUGUUCCUCACUCGAUGAAGCUGAUGAGGAGGACAUUGAAAUUGAUGCUGACAAGAGAAAGCAAGAAUUAAUUGCUACCAUUAAGGUUCGUGUCGCCAAUAAUGACCAAGUAGAUCAUCAACGUGUCUUGCAAUCGGUGAGAAGAAUCUUUUGCUCAAACGGUUUACUCAAAGAACACAAUCUCACAGUUCAAGUUGAAAAGAAUACCAUACUCGGUUUGGAAAAAAUCUAUCAAGAUGAUGAAUAA